CAUUGAUUAAUUAUGGACAUUCUCGAGCAGAAGAUUAAGGUCCAAGGCGACAUUGUGCGGAAGCUGAAGGCCGCCAAGGCUGGUGCAACGACCGACGAGGAGCGUGCAUCUCUGUCCACACAGAUCAAGGACGAGGUUGCCAAGCUUCUUUCCCUCAAGGCCGAGAAGGAGGCUUCGUCCUCAGCGCCUUCUACUGCUGACGAGACCGAGGCUGAGGCAGACAAGGCAGACGCAGGGGCAGGGGCCAGCGGACAGGUGGUGACGCCGUGGGAGGUGGAAGGCGGCGAGGAUGGGAUCGACUACGACCGGCUGCUGCGCGACUUUGGCACGCAGGAGAUCACGCCCGAGCUCAUCGCCAGGGUGGAGGAGCUGACGGGCAAGCCGGCGCAUCCGUGGCUCCGGAGAGGGCUCUUCUUCUCGCAUCGCGAUCUGAAGGAGCUGCUUGAUGCGUACGAGGCAGGCACGCCGUUCUAUGUCUACACCGGGCGCGGCCCGUCGUCUGACUCGAUGCACGUCGGCCACCUCAUCCCCUUCCUCUUCACAAAGUACCUGCAGGACGCCUUCGACGUCCCUCUGGUCAUCCAGAUGACCGACGACGAGAAGUUCCUGUGGAAGAACAUGUCGCUCGAUGACGCUGCCAUCUUCCUCCGUGAGAACGUCAAGGACAUCAUCGCCGUCGGCUUUGACCCGGCCAAGACCUUUAUCUUUGCCGACACCGACUACAUCCAGCACCUCUACCCGAACGUGCUCAAGAUCCGCAAGGCUACGACCGGCUCCAUGGUCCGCGCCAUCUUUGGCUUUACCAACUCGGACAACAUCGGCAAGUGGGGCUUCCCGGCCGUCCAGGCCGCGCCCUCGUUCGCCUCUACCUUCCCACACAUGUUUGGCAACCGCCGCGACAUCCGCUGCCUCAUCCCAGCCGCCAUCGAUCAGGACCCGUACUUCCGCCUCACCCGCGACGUUGCACCCAAGCUCGGCUACCUUAAGCCCUCACUCAUCUACACCCGCUUCUUCCCGGGCCUGCAGGGCGCAGGCUCAAAGAUGGGCUCGUCCUCGCCCAUGUCCGCCAUCUUCCUCACCGACUCGAAGAAGCAGAUCAAGAAGAAGAUUGGCGCAUGCGUCUCCGGUGGCGGCGAAACUAUCGAGGAGCACCGCGCCAACGGUGCUAACCUCGCCCGCGACAUCCCCUUCCAGUACCUCGAGGUCUUCCUCGACGACGACGCCCGUCUCGAAGAGAUCCGCGUCGAGUACUCGGCCGGCCGCAUGCUCACCGGAGAGGUCAAGAAGGAGCUCAUCGCCAUCAUGGCCGACCUCGUUGCAAACCACCAGGCUGCCCGUGCCAAGGUCACCGACGAGCAGGUCACCGAGUUUAUGUCCGUCCGCUCCUUCGACCACCUCGGCCUGGCCGAGUUCCGUGACUACGCCAAGAAGCAGACCGGCAAGCAGAAGAAGAAGAAGAACAAGAAGAAGGCGACGCCGGCCGAGCCGGCCGCUGCCGCUGCACCGACGAGCACAGCGUAAACCAUUUACAGAACUG